AUGUCGCACACCGCAGGAAUGGACACGGGCUUGCCUGUACCGGAUGCCAUCCCUCCGCUCGAAGAACUUCAAGAAGACCUGAUCCUAGACCUCGUCCAGGAGGUCAAAUUUCAACCAGACCUCCGUCAAUUACCUAUAACAACACAGGACGAUGAGAUAACGAUUGGUGCUCGAGAUAGAUCUGCUCAUGUACUAAGAUGCCUAAAAGUGAUGUAUGAUUUGUCUUCAGAUGUAUUUUUCAUUGCGAUAAAUCUGAUAGACCGAUUCCUGACUAAAAUGAAGGCAAGGCAGAAACAUAUGGCCUGCAUCAGCGUGUCAGCCUUUUACAUUGCUGCCAUCCAACGGAUGCAGUCUAUAGAUGCCGAGCACCUAAUCUCGAUCUCACAGUGCAGAUGCACAGCUGAUGACUUGAGGCGCAUGUCGGAGGUGAUACGAAAUAAAUUGGAAUGGGCACCCGGCACUGAACCUACUACCGCUCUGACUUUUCUACAGUUAUUCAACAAAAUGUUUCAUGCGGUAGCGAAGCAAAUGCAUCUCGGCGACGUGUAUGUCAAUAUCGUCAAGGUGGAUUUGAAUCUGGAUCUUUGGCACAGAGAGCAGCCAUGCAACUCUAUGCCACGAUCAUAG